AUGCCGAGUCUUGAUAUCCCCGGGGAAUUCCUCAGGCAUGCUGUUCUAGAUACAGUUGUCCCGCAUGCUUCAGAUGUAGACUUGGAGGCUGCUCUGACGUCUGCUCUGGAAGGAGGCGCAGAUGACCUGACCUCGGUACUUUCGCAAAUAUCCCAACGCUCCGUUCUCUUCUUCGAUGAGUUCUGCACCGUCCGCAUCGUCCUCCGACUCUCUAAUUGUUCACCUGCUAGCCUCAAACAAUACCUUCCACAGCUCGAGGUCGGCCUAGAUGCUUUUGCUAUCGAUCCGGCCGAGACUGUUGCAGAGAACCCGACUUCGACCAGAGAUCUGAUCUUCUCAGGGGCCGUCAAGGCACAGGAGCCGCUUGUGGUUGUCAACGAGUUCGAGGGCGAUGCAGGAGAAGGCAACCAUGUCUAUGUGAUUUGGAGCAUCGAAGCUUUUCUCAAACGCCCGCGCAUACGCAUCACUCAUCCUUCCCUUCUUUUCAUCGCCUCCGCCAAUCUCAAUCUAGCGAAGAAUCAACAACAAACAUCUCGUGGGGACGACUACCUUCCACCGUUGAUACCAGCAUCCACCAACGUACUACAGCCUCUGUCUUCGGACAAAUCCCUCUCCCUCAAAGAUCCUUUCCUCCCAGCGUCCCGACUUUUGCGUGUUGUACCGGCACAACAGACCGAAGACCCCAUUUACCAUAUUCAACAACGUUCAGGGCAUCCGAUCCGAGUUGUUCCAGCUGCGAGUGCGAGGAUACGAUAUGCUCGGCUGAACUCUUAUAGCGGGCGGCCAACCACUGUCGCCAGCCUUGACUUUGAAGUGACACCAUUUCUCACAUGCGAUGUGACAUUUGAUAAGGCCGAGCUCCGGUUAUCAGAUGGAACCAUCGAGACACUUUCAGAUGCGCCAGGACUUGUCCCACCCAUCAGAUGCCUACCACGAGAUGAUAUAACCCUGGUAUACAAAUUGACCCCUGAGGACGGGCAGAAUCCAAGUCCGUCAACGACGGUCUUGGUCAGUGUCCUCGAUAUAUCCUUGGAGGCCGUGAUCCACCUAUCGCACAAUUGCAAUCCACGAAUUCUGAUGCAGUGGAGGACCAACGUGGACUUUUCUAUGCCACUCAACCCUACCUUUGGUGCUCCCAGCCAGGCCCUGCAGCGGAAUAACCGUCCGGCUAGCCUUCCUAUGAAUCAAAAUCUCAACAACGCGAUGGCAGGAGGGACAGGAGUUAAUCGUAGCUCUUUAAGGGACAGAGCAUACUCUACGACAGAUCUCGGGGUGUCGAUCACGUUCACUGGGCCUCCUCGAGUGGAAGUCGGCAAGCCAUUCUCGUGGAAUGUCUUCAUUGUGAAUCGGUCCACAACCGCUCGAAAGUUUGCCAUGAUAGCCAUCCCUCGACGGAAGAGACCCGAUCCCCGGACCCAUACGGCGCGCCCCUCAUCCUCAUCAGCAUCUUUUCGCAAGGAAGCCCAGAUUGCAGAAGCCGUGACUGACGACAACAUCGUGCAUGCGCUCCAGAAGAGUGUGGCUGGCCAGGAAGCCGAGCUUGUUUCAAUGAGCACAGAUGUUCGCGCUGGACCACUUCUGCCGGGGACUUGCUUUGCGACCGAAUUGAAAUUGUUGCCAUUGGCCGUGGGCGCCCUCCGUCUGGAAGCCGUGCGUCUGGUGGAUGUCAAUACAAACGAAACGACGGACAUCCGAGACCUUCCGGAUAUUCUCUCCUUUGACAGGAACAUGACAGCUUGA